AUCUGAAUCACAGAUACUUUUUUGGCUCCCGGAAAUUUUAACAAGGUGUACACAUGUACAACGACGAUACUUCACUGUUUGCUUCAUCUCCAAGAAUACACAGUUAACUUCUCCGUGUGACCAAUCUUACCUCUGAAAGAAAUGCCACGUGUUUCGGCAGAAUCCCAAGAAAUCUCUCUCCACGGCAGCAACGAGUCACCGACCCUCGGCGAACUGCUGAAAAACUUCGAACACAGUGACCGGAAGAACAAAGAUUCCGGCAGAGAUGCUUCGACUCAUCACAUACUGGAUCUCCCUUCCCCUGAUGCACCACCUGUGCCGUUUCUCUUGGCCUUCGAAAAUCUCAGUUACAGUGUCGAACUUCGCCGGCGAUUUAAUUUCUCAUCGCUGCUGUCUCGGCGAGAACCCACUCCGGCGAAAACUCUACUCGACGAUGUUUCCGGCGAGGCUUGCAACGGCGAUAUCCUCGCCGUUCUCGGCGCAAGCGGAGCCGGUAAAUCAACAUUGAUCGACGCAUUAGCGGGACGAUUAAAUAGCCUGAGAGGCUCUGUAACUCUAAACGGAGAGAAGAUUCUCAAAUCUCGAUUGCUAAAAGUGAUAUCGGCGUAUGUGAUGCAAGACGAUCUCCUUUUUCCGAUGCUCACCGUCAAAGAAACCCUAAUGUUCGCCUCCGAGUUUCGAUUACCAAGAAGCUUGCCGAAAUCGAAGAAGAUGGAGCGAGUUCAAGCCCUAAUCGACCAAUUGGGGCUCAGAAACGCGGAGAACACUAUAAUCGGAGACGAAGGACACCGUGGAGUCUCCGGCGGAGAACGACGGCGAGUCUCAAUCGGAAUCGACAUCAUCCACGACCCGAUCCUCUUGUUCCUCGACGAGCCUACCUCGGGGCUGGAUUCAACAAACGCGUUUAUGGUGGUUCAGGUUCUUAAACGAAUCGCUAAGAGUGGCAGUAUCGUAAUUAUGUCGAUUCAUCAGCCUAGUUCUCGAAUCGUCGAUUUGCUUGAUCGUCUCAUCAUCUUAUCUCGCGGCAAAAGUGUGUUCAAUGGAUCUCCAGCUAAGCUUCCUUCUUUCUUCUCCGAUUUCGGUUUUCCGAUACCGGAGAAGGAGAACACUACAGAGUUCGCACUUGAUUUAAUUAGACAACUCGAAGGAACCUCUCAAGGAACCAGAGAGUUAGUAGAGUUCAACGAAAAGUGGCAACAUAACCAACCUGCUCGAGCCACUCCACAAACCACACCUUACCAAGCUUUAUCUCUAAAAGAAUCCAUCAAUGCAAGUGUCUCUAGAGGCAAACUUGUCUCUGGCUCAUCUUCUGGAACCAAUCUCAUUCCCAUGGAAUUAUCAGUAUCUUCAUACGCAAACCCGCCAUUGAUCGAGACGUUUAUCUUAGCCAAACGUUACGUAAAGAACUGGAUCCGCACGCCUGAGCUCAUAGGAACAAGGAUCGCUACUGUAAUGGUGACUGGUCUUCUCUUAGCUACUAUAUAUUGGAGGCUUGACAACACUCCUAGAGGUGCACAAGAGAGAAUGGGUUUCUUUGCGUUUGGUAUGUCCACAAUGUUCUACGUUUGUGCAGAUAACAUCCCUGUCUUUAUCCAAGAACGUUACGUUUUCUUGAGAGAGACAACGCACAACGCUUAUAGAACGUCUUCGUACGUUAUAUCUCACUCCCUCGUGUCCCUGCCUCAGCUACUCGCUCUCUCAAUCGCAUUUGCUGCGACCACGUUCUGGACCGUUGGUUUGAGCGGCGGGUUAAACAGUUUCUUGUAUUACUGUCUCAUCAUCUACGCGUCCUUUUGGUGUGGAUCCUCUGUUGUUUCUUUCAUUUCCGGUCUUGUCCCGAAUGUCAUGAUAAGUUACAUGAUCACUAUAGCUUAUCUUUCCUACUGUGUACUGCUCGGUGGAUUCUACAUCAACAGGGAUCGGAUACCGUUCUACUGGAUAUGGUUUCAUUACAUUUCGGUCUUGAAGUAUCCCUACGAGGCUGGUUUAAUCAACGAAUUUGACGAUCCGUCUCGCUGUUUUGUUGAGGGAGGCCAGGUCUUUGAUGGUACGCUUUUGGCGGGAGUGAGUGAUGUGAUGAAGGUUAAGCUCCUCGAUACACUGAGUAAAUCCCUAGGAACGAAGAUAACGGAGACCACAUGCUUGAGGACAGGGUCUGACUUACUUAUGCAGCAAGGUAUUACUCAGUUGAGUAAGUGGGAUUGUUUGUGGAUUACGUUUGCUUGGGGGCUCUUCUUUAGGAUCUUGUUUUACUUUUCUUUGCUGUUUGGGAACAAGAAUAAGAGGACGUGAAGGUAGUUUACAAACACUAAACAUACUUCUAUUUGGCCUCAAUGCAUCUGCCCUUAAUUUACAUAAUUAUUAAAGUGAAGCUUGAAACUUCUAAGUAUUUCUUGUUUUGUUGUCGUCUCGUAAUGAUCAAUUUGUAACAUUUAUAGUAGUUGUUUCAUCUUUGUAUAAUUGUAUCUUUCUGGAAAAUCAUAAAACGUAUAUUU